GCGAUCCGGCACAAACAUUUUAACCGGCGAGCGCGCAGGCUGCCCAUACUUGCCUUAACUAAAAUGAUCCGAUUAUCACGUAUUCCAUUUUCAAAUUAAACACUUGUGAUACAAAAUGAGUAAAAGCGAACGUACUCAGUCGGGUCUUUCAGAAAAUUCUGAUGGAAAUGCCGAGACUCAUGAACUCAAGCCAGCUGACAUAGUGUUUGUGGACAGCGGAAUCAUGCAGUCGAAGUACACGGACCCCAUGGAGUUUGCAGAGGUUGAGGAGCUGUUAGGAACCUCUCCAGCACCGCGACCCUGCACUCUUGUAUGGAGGGACGUCACUGUCCACAUUAAGCAAAAGGAUGGCAAGCUCAAGAGAUUAGUCAAUAGUGUAAAUGGAAUCGCAAAACCUGGCUCGUUGGUGGCAUUAAUGGGACCCAGUGGCGCGGGGAAGACAACACUAAUGUCGGCUCUAGCGCAUAGAAGUCCUAUCGGUACGGUCGUGGACGGAUCCAUUGCGAUGAAUGGCCGAGCAGUGGGCGACUUUAUGCACCUGGAGUCUGGAUACAUGCAUCAGGAUGAACUCUUCGUCGAAAAUCUAACGGUUAUGGAACAUCUCACAAUCAUGGCUCGACUACGAAUGGAUAGGCGAACAUCAUCAUUGGCAAGAAAGAGAAGAGUGAAUCAAUUGUUGCGACAGUUAUCUCUGUACGGAUCACGGCAUACACGUAUUGGAGGCCUCGAUGGAAGAAAAACGUUGUCUGGAGGUGAAAGGAAAAGACUGGCGUUUGCUACUGAGCUCUUGACUGAUCCUGGACUACUAUUCUGCGAUGAACCCACGACUGGUUUGGACUCGUCUUCAGCUCAGAAGCUUAUGACCUUACUUCGGGCAAGUGCAGUCCAGGGCAAGACAGUAAUAUGUACUAUACACCAGCCUUCAUCAGAAUUAAUGGCAUUGUUUGAUAAGUUGGUGUUGCUGGCAGAGGGAAGGGUGGCUUAUGCUGGAAAUGCUUCAGGAGCACUAGGAUUUUUUGAAAGCUUGGGCUACCACUGUCCCAUCACAUAUAACCCAACAGACUACUUUAUCAAAGUGUUGGCGUUGACACCUGGCUCGGAAGGUGCAUCACGACAUGCCAUUAAGAGCGUCUGUGAUCGGUUCGCGGUCAGUGAUGCUGCUAAGGAACUGGAUAUGGAGAUACAUCUAGAGUUCCACAUUAUAGAUAAUCAAGAUGCGGAAACGAAGCGGACCAAAGCUAGCAAUUUUAAACCACCUUUUUUCCAUACGAAGAUUCUUUGGCUGGUGUAUAGAUAUAUAUUAAUGGUUUUACGCGAUCCAAAUGUACAAUUGUUAAGGAUAGUGCAGAAAUUGGCAAUUGCACUAACCGCAGGGCUUUGCUUUAUCGGCACAGCGCGGCUCACCCAAGCGGGGAUCCAAGAUGUCCAGGGAGCGCUCUUCAUCAUCAUAGCAGAGAAUACCUUCAGCCCUAUGUACUCUAUGCUCCAUAUAUUCCCUGAAGAGUUCCCCUUGUUGCACAGGGAACUUAGGGCGGGGUUAUAUUCCACGCCGGUUUAUUAUAUAGCUAGGAUGAUAGCUUUGUUCCCGGGUCUGGUGAUUGAGCCGACGCUGUUUACACUGGUGGUCUACUGGAUCGCAGGUCUACGCAGUACCUUCUAUGCAUUUGGCUUUACUGUAUUCUUGUCUAUAUUGGUUCUUAACGUUGCUAUAGCAUGUGGAUCAUUCUUUUCUUGCGCUUUUGGUUCAAUGCCGGUCGCAAUCGCCUACCUUGUACCAUUCGACUACUCUCUCAUGAUGACAUCGGGACUAUUUAUUAAACUCAGUUCCAUACCAAAAUAUAUAUCGUGGAUUCGACACCUGUCCUGGCUCAUGUAUUCUAAUGAAGCGAUGACGAUUCUCCAGUGGGACGGAGUACAAAACAUAACAUGUCUUACAGACGAGACCGGUGCACCAUGCCUCAGCACUGGCGAUGAAGUCCUGAGCAUGUAUGACUUCACCACGAACGAAUUUUGGCCCGACAUUGUCGCCCUGGUCAUUCUCUACUUAGGUUUCCACCUCUUGGCACUGAUAGCCCUGCGCUACCGUACGAGGAGAAAAUAAAUUAUUACAAAAUCUUUCUGAAACUGACUUCGUCUGUCCUGUCAGUAUUUGUAACCUUACAUUGCAGACCAGUUUAAUUUAAUAUUUGGAAAUGGAGCUUGAUUCUUGUAAAAAAAAAAUGACAAAAUCAUUCUUCAAUAACAUCUGGCUUACCCUGUAAAUAGUCAUUUCUGUUUUCGUACCUGCUGGUUUGCCUAUGUGUACCUGUUGUUUUAAGGUAAAAAAUCUAAUAUAGAUAAGACGCCAUUGGAGUCGGUUUUAUCAUUUAUACAAGUUGGACAUUUAAGUUUGGCUUAUUUAACCUUUGUAAAAAUAGUUUAAAAACCAUACAAUUUGAUUUUUAACAAGAAUUAAGCUUUCUUUUAAGUAUUAUUUCAUGUAGUCAAUAGGGACAAUUACGGCCAGUUAAAUAUACGCAACGAAUUCAAUGACGUGAUGUGAAAAUAAUGAUUUUAAAAUGUAUUGGGCGCUAUGUUUUAAAAUCAUAUCGAUUGUCAUAAUAUUAUUUUGUAUGACGAUAUUUUGUAACAAUCGUAUUUUACAGCGAAUGUAGGAGUGACAUAUUAGUAGUUUGACUUAGGGUAAUGCACUUAGCACGAAUUCGAUACGAAUAGCAACAAUAAAGUAUGUUUUAAAUUCAUGCAACAUCUGAAACAAAAUAGAACGAAGGACGAAUACAAAACUCAAAUUGACUUAUGGCCAGGUUUUUGAUCCGUAGUUAACGCAACUAAUGAUUAAAAAAUGCUACCAAUGGUUAAAUGUCAGCAAAUGUGUUUCAAAGGUUUCUUAAAAAUGUCUUUGACAUACAGAAGCGUUUGCGUUAAGAGUAAAGUAUGAGUUCGGUAUGUUAAAAAAUCGAAUCCAUUUGAUACAUGUUUACAUUUCGUGCUGCGACUCGCAAUUUUGACGACGAAUACUGUAAAGAACUCCAAAAAUUAUUUUUGAUAUAUUUAAAAAUCAUGUUGUAAAUCAAAGAAAAUAUUAUUGUUUUGCAUAGUAAUCGGUACACAGUAUACCCUCAAGCUGUCAGAACACCGACUGACACUAGAUUAUCGUAUGACAUAUGACAAGUAGUUGACAAUUAAGUUCGUGCUGAGAGUAACACUUUUUUAGUUGUAUGAAUUAUAGAAAACUUUUGUAUAAAUCUUGAUGUAAUGUUUUAGAAGAGACCUUAGAGAUGUAUUAUAUACAUUAGUGUUCGUGUGAGUGAUAAAAAUUCUUGACAAUGGAUUUUAAUAGAUGCAAUAUUCUUGCCUAACUUUAAAAUAAGUUUAACGUUUAAGUUACCAUACAUUUUGUUCCUUUUUUGUUUCUUGAUGUUAUGUAGCCUAAUAAAGAGAUUUUACAAAAUAUAUAAUUUAAGUUAUGAUUGUUAAACUAUUGUAAAGAAUCACUAUGUCGCUUAAUAAAUACAAUGCAAAAA